AUGGCGGAAAUGACGGUCACGUCAGAGCCUCACGAGCUACCCGACAGAAAGAAACUGGCACGACUCCAGCGAGUUUUGGAUCAACGUCGGCCGGAUUUGACCCCAUUCGUGGACCUGUACAAAGACCUUCAUCAGCACCCUGAGCUUUCAUGCUUCGAAUCUCGUACUGCCAGUGUGGUGGCUGCAUGCCUGCGACGAAUGAACUUAGAGGUUAGAACAUCGGUGGGGGGACAUGGAGUGGUGGGGUUGCUCAAGAAUGGACAUGGCAAGACAAUCCUCCUGCGUGCCGAACUGGACGCUCUUCCCAUUGAGGAAAAGACAGGACUACCGUACGCCAGCAAGGCGCGAAUGAAGGACGUUGUAGGGGUGGAGCGGCCUGUGAUGCAUGCAUGCGGCUACGAUAUCCACAUCGCAUGCGUGUUUGCCAGCUUGAAACUCCUGCAAUCAGCUUCGAAAGAAUGGUCUGGCACCAUUAUUGCUGUCUUCCAGCCCAACGAAGAGACUCCUGGUGGUGCCUAG